CGCCCCGGGCGCGCCACCAUGGGGCCCCGGCUGGGCGUCUGGCUGCUUCUGCUGCCCGCCGCCCUCCUGCUCCACGAGGAGCGCAGCCGGGCCGCGGCGAAGGGUGGUUGUGCUGGCUCUGGCUGUGGGAAGUGUGACUGCCAUGGAGUGAAGGGACAGAAGGGCGAGCGAGGCCUCCCAGGGUUGCAAGGUGUCAUCGGGUUUCCCGGGAUGCAAGGGCCCGAGGGGCCACAGGGGCCCCCAGGACAGAAGGGUGACACUGGAGAACCCGGGCUGCCUGGAACGAAAGGCACAAGAGGACCCCCCGGAGCAUCAGGUUACCCUGGAAACCCAGGACUGCCUGGUAUUCCUGGCCAAGACGGUCCCCCCGGUCCCCCAGGUAUCCCCGGAUGCAAUGGAACAAAGGGCGAGCCAGGGCCUCUGGGGCCCCCGGGUUUGCCUGGAUUCGCUGGAAAUCCUGGACCGCCAGGAUUACCAGGAAUGAAGGGGGAUCCAGGUGAAAUCAUUGGCCAUGUGCCUGGGACCCUGUUGAAAGGUGAAAGAGGAUUUCCUGGACCCCCAGGAACACCAGGCUCGCCAGGACUGCCGGGCCUGCAAGGUCCUGUUGGCCCUCCGGGAUUUACCGGGCCGCCAGGUCCUCCAGGCCCUCCUGGGCCUCCAGGGUUUGGCCCUAUUGGCCCUGUUGGUGACAAAGGACAAGCGGGUUUUCCGGGGACCCCUGGAUCCCCAGGCCAGCCAGGUCCCAAGGGUGAAGCAGGAAAAGUUGUGCCUCUACCUGGUCCCCCUGGAGCACAAGGACUUCCGGGAUCCCCAGGCUUCCCAGGGCCACAAGGUGACCGAGGUUUUCCUGGAACCCCAGGAAGGCCAGGCCUCCCGGGAGAGAAGGGCACUGUCGGCCAGCCCGGAAUUGGAUUUCCAGGGCCUCCUGGCCCCAAAGGUGUUGAUGGCUUACCUGGAGAUGUGGGACCUCCUGGGAGUCCAGGUCGCCCGGGAUUUAACGGCUUACCUGGCAACCCGGGCGUGCCCGGCCAAAAGGGAGAGCCGGGCAUUGGUCUGCCAGGGCUCAAAGGAUUGCCAGGUCUUCCCGGCGUUCCCGGCACACCUGGAGAAAAGGGGAACAUCGGGGGACCAGGUGUUCCUGGAGAGCAUGGUGCUGUCGGCCCCCCAGGCCUUCAGGGAAUCAGAGGUGACCCAGGGCCGCCUGGAUUACAAGGUCCCAAAGGAGCUCCGGGAGCUCCUGGAAUUGGCCCCCCUGGAGCGAUGGGCCCCCCUGGAGGACAGGGACCACCAGGAUCCUCAGGCCCUCCCGGAGUGAAAGGAGAGAAGGGCUUUCCCGGAUUUCCAGGCCUGGACAUGCCAGGUCCCAAAGGAGAUAAAGGGUCCCAAGGGCUGCCUGGCCUGACGGGACAGUCGGGGCUCCCUGGUCUCCCCGGACAGCAGGGCACACCUGGGGUGCCUGGGUUUCCAGGUCCCAAGGGAGAGAUGGGCGUCAUGGGGACCCCGGGGCAGCCUGGCUCACCGGGACCAGCGGGCCUGCCAGGAUUACCAGGAGAGAAAGGGGACCACGGCUUCCCGGGCUCCUCGGGGCCCAGGGGAGACCCUGGCUUCAAGGGGGACAAAGGAGACGUGGGUCUCCCUGGCAUGCCUGGCUCCAUGGAUAAGGUGGACAUGGGCAGCAUGAAGGGUCAGAAGGGAGACCAAGGAGAGAAAGGACAGACUGGACCAACUGGUGAUAAAGGAUCCCGGGGAGACCCUGGAACCCCGGGAGUACCUGGAAAGGACGGGCAGGCGGGGCAUCCUGGGCAGCCAGGACCUAAAGGUGACCCAGGCAUAGGAGGAACCCCGGGCGCUCCAGGACUCCCUGGACCCAAGGGAUCGGUUGGUGGAAUGGGCCUGCCAGGAACACCUGGAGAAAAAGGUGUGCCUGGGAUCCCCGGCCCACAGGGCGUCCCUGGCUUACCCGGGGAGAAAGGAGCCAAAGGAGAGAAAGGGCAGGUGGGCCUCCCUGGCAUUGGAAUUCCGGGCCGUCCUGGGGACAAGGGAGAUCAAGGGGUCGCAGGCUUUCCGGGCAGUCCCGGAGAGAAAGGAGAGAAAGGCAGCGCUGGUACCCCAGGGGUCCCCGGCUCCCCGGGCCCCAAAGGCUCGCCAGGGAGUGUCGGCUAUCCAGGAAGCCCCGGAUUGCCGGGAGAAAAAGGUGACAAAGGUCUCCCGGGAUCGGAUGGCAUUCCCGGCAUCAAAGGAGAAGCAGGUCUUCCUGGGACUCCUGGCCCCACGGGCCCAGCCGGCCAGAAAGGGGAGCCCGGCAGUGACGGAAUCCCGGGGUCGGCGGGAGAGAAGGGUGAAGCAGGUCUGCCCGGAAGAGGAUUCCCAGGGUUUCCAGGGGCCAAAGGAGAGAAAGGUUCAAAGGGCGACGUGGGUUUCCCGGGACAAGCCGGGAGUCCAGGCAUCCCCGGAUCCAAAGGAGAGCAAGGAUUCAUGGGUCCCCCGGGGCCACAAGGGCAGCCGGGCUUGCCUGGGACCCCAGGCCAUGCCGUGGAGGGGCCCAAAGGAGACCGGGGUCCGCAGGGCCAACCUGGCCUGCCAGGGCUUCCGGGACCUGUGGGGCCUCCAGGGCUCCCUGGGCUUGACGGACUCAAAGGUGACAAAGGAAACCCGGGCUGGCCGGGGGCUCCUGGAACUCCAGGGCCCAAGGGAGAGCCAGGAUUCCAAGGCCUGCCUGGGAUUGGUGGCUCGCCAGGGAUCACGGGCUCUAAGGGUGACAUGGGGCCUCCAGGAGUGCCAGGAUUUCAAGGUCAGAAAGGCCUCCCUGGCCUGCAGGGAGUGAAGGGGGAUCAAGGUGACCAGGGCUUCCCUGGAAGUAAAGGCCUUCCUGGCCCCCCGGGCCCCCCGGGACCCUACGAUGUCAUCAAAGGGGAGCCAGGGCUUCCUGGUCCUGAGGGUCCCGUAGGUCUGAAGGGGCUCCCGGGGCCUCCAGGCCCCAAAGGACAGCAAGGUGUGACAGGAUCCGUGGGCUUACCUGGACCGCCCGGUGUUCCUGGUUUUGACGGCGCGCCUGGCCAGAAAGGAGAGACAGGACCCUUCGGCCCUCCUGGUCCGCGAGGGUUUCCCGGCCCGCCAGGCCCUGAUGGGUUGCCAGGAUCCAUGGGUCCCCCAGGCACCCCGUCUGUUGAUCACGGCUUCCUUGUGACCAGGCACAGUCAAACAACGGAUGACCCACAGUGUCCUCCUGGGACCAAAAUUCUUUACCACGGGUACUCCUUGCUCUAUGUGCAAGGCAACGAACGGGCCCACGGCCAGGACUUGGGCACGGCUGGCAGCUGCCUGCGCAAGUUCAGUACGAUGCCCUUCCUUUUCUGCAACAUCAACAAUGUGUGUAACUUCGCCUCCCGAAAUGACUACUCCUACUGGUUGUCCACGCCUGAGCCCAUGCCCAUGUCCAUGGCGCCCAUCGCUGGGGACAAUAUCAGACCGUUUAUUAGCAGGUGUGCAGUGUGUGAGGCGCCAGCCAUGGUGAUGGCCGUGCACAGCCAGACCAUUCAGAUCCCGCAGUGCCCCAGCGGCUGGUCCUCCCUCUGGAUUGGCUAUUCCUUCGUGAUGCACACCAGUGCCGGUGCUGAAGGUUCGGGCCAAGCCCUUGCGUCCCCCGGGUCUUGUCUGGAAGAGUUUAGGAGCGCGCCAUUCAUCGAGUGCCACGGCCGUGGGACCUGCAACUACUAUGCGAACGCUUACAGCUUUUGGCUUGCCACCAUCGAGAGGAGCGAGAUGUUCAAGAAGCCCACGCCGUCCACCUUGAAGGCCGGGGAGCUGCGCACACACGUCAGUCGCUGCCAAGUCUGUAUGAGAAGAACGUAAUGAAGCCUGGCCCUCUGCUAACGUACAACAUGGUGCUACUCCCUCCUCUUCCCCUUCUUUUUUUUAACAGCAACGAACCCUAGAAAUAUAUCCUGUGUACCUCACUGUCCAGUAUGAAAACCGUAAAGUGCCUUAUAGGAACUUGCGUAACUAACACACCCUGCUUCGGUGACCUCUACUUGCUGAAGGAGAAACAAAGACCAUGAUAAGCUGUCAUAGUGACAUACCAAGUGGCACUUGUGAUGAAAUAAAAGUCUAAGUCUGUCCUACAAUCCAGUGCACUGAUGUGUAACUUGAGAACUCCAUCAGGAAACCAAAGGGUGCUAGGAGGUGUGCGGGGCCUUCCGUUCUGUUCGAAUGCCCGUUUCCACUCUUGUAUUAUAGCAGAUGCCUUGUCAGCCCCGGAUGGGAUGUCUGUUUGUGUCACUGUCGAGCUGGGUCUGUACAAACAGCCAUCACGUAACCACGGUGUUUCGGAGCUGCACGUGGAAUGUGGGCUCGGCAGCCGGAUCUUCCAACCCCAAAUAUAAAUUUAGGUCUUUCUGCUCUGUGUGGUACUAUGCAGCUGCUUUUGCAGAAAUCACGAAUUUCCUGUGGAAUAAAGAUGGUCCAAAAGUAGGCAGAAAUUAAAUAUAUAUAUAUUUUAGUAAUUUAUAUAGAUGUCAGCAAUUAGGUCAAGUUUUCGUUUCAUUUCCACUGUUAAAAUAAAGCUUACAUAGUUUCUUCCUCGAAAAGACUGUGUUGUCCUUUCACAUAGAUUUUUGAACACUCGGGUGUUGGAUGGAAAUAUCCGUUCUCACUGUUCACCUCCAAACCAAAACUCGUGUAUCAGCCAAAGCCAAACCCAGGUUCAUGAGCGCGGUGUUUAUUACAGUGAAGCAUGUACUUUGGGCUUUAUUGUUUUUUUUUUUUUCUGUAUUAAGUAUCUUCAGGGUUUUAAGCACUAAUCACAACUGAAUGACUUGACUUCAAAACCAGCAACCGUAAAAGGCCUUCGUUUCAUUCGUAUUCCUCAUUCUGCAGCCUGGUGCGGAAAACAGCUCUGUAGGAUCUUAGUGUCAGUAACCCACGUGGAAGCGCUCCGUGUGGCUUCCUUGUUCCCGGGAGCACUGUGCGCAUGUCAGCAGGGAACGGGUGGAUUGCAGGAGAGCAGAACUGACCACUAUGCCCGAAAUGACAUUUCACCCAAAGUCUCCAAAACGUUUAAGACUACUAAGGCCUUUUAUGUAAUUUCUCUCAAUGUGUAUUUCUUAAAAAUUCAAAUUUGUAAUAAAACUAUUUGUAUAAAAAUUAA